UAUAUGAAGUGAAGGGACAAGUAUAUGCAACAUCCGCUUGUGAACGCAACUCAAUAAUUGACAUGUUUGUGAUGAGGUGUGAAUCGUAGUAAAAAGUACCGUCUCGUAGAAAUGAAUUCACGUAAAUCCACAGUUCGAUAAAGUUUUGUGAUGUUACAUAUGUGUUAUUGUCUUAUUAACGUAUAAACUCACGAAUACAAUAUAGCAGUGCCUCGUUUAUGUUAAUAUAAAUGUCUGAAAUUCAUUCGUGCAAAUAAACCAACUCCAAUCGGAUCGAAUGGAGUGAUUUCCUUAAUAAAAUAACGAUGCAAACCAACUUGAAAACUAAAGAAAUGUUUAUAGUUCGGGCUUUGGAAAAGAUAUUGGCGGACAAGGACAUCAAACGGUCCUAUCAUAGCCAGCUAAAGAAAUCCUGCGAGGUUGCGUUGGAGGAAAUCAAAACUGAACUUAAAAAUGGAGGGCAAACAGAAACAGCGGAGAGUCCAACAUCUGGUACUCUCCCACUCCCAAAGAAUGAUUCUGCCAAUAUCAUUACAGCCGAGAAGUACUUCCUGCCGUUUGAACUGGCAUGCCAGAGCAAAGCGUCCAGGAUAGUAGUCACUGCUCUAGACUGCCUUCAAAAACUGAUUGCUUACGGCCAUCUUACUGGAAACAUUCCUGAUUCAACCACACCAAGGAAGCUGUUGAUAGACAGAAUAGUUGAGACAAUCUGCAGUUGCUUCACAGGACCUCAAACUGAUGAGGGAGUCCAGCUCCAAAUAAUCAAAGCUCUUCUCACAGUUAUCACAAGUCAACAUGUUGAGGUCCAUGAAGGAACAGUGCUGCUUGCAGUCAGAACAUGCUACAACAUCUAUUUGGCCAGCAAGAAUCUUAUAAAUCAGACCACAGCCAGGGCCACCCUCACACAAAUGCUUAAUGUCAUCUUCACGAAAAUGGAGAACCAAGCAUUGGAAACAGAUAAUACUAAUUCAAUGUCAGAAAUGUCCAAAAUGCCAAAUGGUAAUGUUGUUUCUGAUGAAACUCAGAGCAACCAAGCACAUGAGGAGGAAAAAGAUGCUGAACAGCUUCCAGAGCAGAUAGAUGAAGUGUUAGAAGCUAAAAUAAUUGCUAAGCAAAUUGUAGAUUCAGUUAUAGAUAAUGCUAUAAAUAUUGCUUUUAAAAAGAGUAGUGAAGACUUGCAUAAUGUUCCAGAUAAUAAUGAGAAUCCAUCAGAUUCCCAAGAUAGUGGCAGUGUAUCACAGGAAAGCAAUGGACAGGUGCCCACAGAAGUAUCAAUUACACGGAUACCGUCUCAAGAAAGUGUAGAUGUGGCAUCAGAGAAUGAUAACUCAGUAACAGCCAAAUUCACACAUGUACUUCAGAAAGAUGCAUUUCUUGUCUUUAGAGCUCUCUGCAAGCUAUCAAUGAAACCACUUCCUGAAGGCACACCUGAUCCGAAAUCACAUGAACUCAGGUCUAAAAUACUUUCCCUUCAUCUUCUAUUAUCAAUCUUGCAAAAUGCUGGACCAGUGUUCAGAAAUAAUGAGAUGUUUAUAACAGCCAUCAAACAAUAUCUAUGUGUGGCUUUAUCAAAGAAUGGAGUCAGCUCGGUACCUGAAGUGUUUGAAUUAUCAUUGGCCAUCUUCUUGGCUCUCCUGCAAAACUUCAAAGUUCAUCUCAAGAAGCAAAUUGAGGUGUUUUUCAAAGAAAUUUUCAUGAACAUCUUGGAAACUUCAAGCUCCUCCUUUGAACAUAAAUGGAUGGUCAUCCAGGCUUUGACCAGGAUUUGUGGUGACGCCCAAAGCGUAGUAGAUAUUUAUGUUAAUUACGAUUGCGAUUUGUCUGCGGCGAAUCUCUUCCAGAGAUUAGUGAAUGAUGUUUCGAAAAUCGCCCAAGGCAGACAGGCGUUAGAGUUAGGAGCAACACCAAAUCAAGAAAAAUCCAUGCGUAUCAGAGGCCUCGAAUGUUUAGUUUCAAUUUUAAAAUGUAUGGUGGAGUGGAGCAAGGAACUUUACAUCAAUCCCAACCUACAAACUACUUUAGGAGAGAGAACUGCUAAGGAAGAUUCAGACCACCACAGCAUCAAGUCUCAUGGAGGCUCAAGUCUGAGUCUUGUUUCGACAGGAUCUAGUAAUAUUGGUAAUAGGGAAACAUUGGAUUCUCCAGAGCAAUUUGAAGUCCUAAAACAACAAAAAGAAGUGUGGGAAACGGGAAUCGAACUUUUCAACAGAAAACCUAAAAAAGGAGUUGCUUUCUUGCAAGAACAAACUUUGUUGGGAACAUCAACCAAAGAAAUUGCAGAGUGGUUAUUAACAGAUGAACGACUCGAUAAAACGUUCAUUGGAGAAUACUUAGGUGAAAAUGAUGAUCAUUCCAAGGAAGUUAUGUAUUCCUACGUAGAUUCAAUGAACUUUGCGAAUAUGGACAUCGUGGCAGCUUUACGUUAUUUCUUAGAAGGGUUCCGUUUACCAGGCGAAGCACAGAAAAUUGAUAGGUUGAUGGAAAAAUUCGCGUCACGUUAUUGCGAAUGUAAUCCGACCAACACUUUGUUUACUAGCGCAGACACCGUGUACGUGUUAGCGUUCUCCAUAAUAAUGCUAACGACUGAUUUGCAUUCGCCUCAGGUGAAAAACAAGAUGACUAAGGAACAAUACAUUAAACUGAAUAGCGGCAUAAGCGACAACAAUGAUCUGCCGCGUGAAUAUUUAUCGCAAAUCUAUGACGAAAUCGCCGGUCAUGAGAUUAAAAUGAAGAACACAUCUAAACCAGGAAAACACAUGAUCGCAAACGAAAAGAAACGUAAGUUCAUAUGGAAUAUGGAGAUGGAACAAAUAUCUACAGCUGCAAAGAACUUAAUGGAGUCUGUGUCUCACGUGCAGACGCCUUUUACAACCGCGAAACACGUUGAACAUGUACGGCCUAUGUUCAAAAUGGCUUGGACGCCGUUCCUCGCCGCCUUUUCCGUAGGAUUACAAGAUUGCGAUGAUCCAGAAAUUGCGUCUCUAUGCUUAGACGGAAUAAGGUGCGCCAUUCGAAUCGCUUGCAUAUUCCACAUGUCUUUAGAGAGAGAUGCAUACGUGCAGGCUCUGGCGCGUUUCACACUGCUUACCGCCAACUCGCCCAUCACGGAAAUGAAGGCGAAGAACAUAGACACCAUAAAGACGUUGAUAACAGUAGCGCAUACAGACGGCAACUACUUGGGAUCCAGUUGGCUUGAUGUGGUUAAAUGCAUUUCCCAGUUAGAAUUAGCGCAACUUAUCGGAACGGGUGUUCGCCCACAGUUCUUAUCAGGUUCAGGUAUAAAACCCCAACCUGAUUCGUUGAAGUUCAGUCUGAUGGCUUUAGAUCCGAGCGUCAAAGAGCAUAUCGGGGAGACGAGUUCGCAAAGUGUAGUUGUCGCAGUUGACAGAAUAUUUACCGGCUCUACGCGACUCGACGGUGACGCAAUAGUGGAUUUCGUAAAGGCAUUAUGUCAAGUAUCACUCGAUGAGCUCAGCCACCCGACUAAUCCUCGAAUGUUUUCACUGCAAAAGAUUGUCGAAAUAUCUUACUACAACAUGGGCCGUAUUAGGCUCCAGUGGUCUCGAAUAUGGCAGGUCCUCGGCGACCAUUUCAACAAAGUCGGUUGCAGUAGUAACGAAGACAUCGCGUUCUUUGCUGUUGACUCUCUGAGACAGCUAUCCAUGAAGUUUAUAGAAAAAGGAGAGUUUGCUAAUUUCAAGUUCCAGAAAGAUUUUUUGCGACCAUUCGAGCACAUAAUGAAAAAGAAUAGUUCUCCCACAAUAAGAGACAUGGUCGUAAGAUGUAUCGCUCAAAUGGUGAACUCGCAAGCACCAAACAUAAAGUCUGGUUGGAAGAACAUAUUUUCUGUAUUCCACCUGGCAGCGAGCGAUCAAGACGAAGCCAUCGUUGACUUAGCAUUCCAAACUACAGGAAAAAUAAUCACGGAACUAUAUGAAAGACAAUUCCCCGCAAUGAUAGACUCCUUCCAAGAUGCUGUUAAGUGUCUGUCAGAAUUUGCGUGCAACGCUAAAUUCCCUGACACUUCAAUGGAAGCUAUACGGCUGGUCCGUUCAUGCGCUACUGCGGUAGGCGCCUCGCCUCAGUUAUUUGCUGAACACGCCGGCCUCGAAGGAGAACAGGGCGCGCCAGAAGUAGACAGAGUCUGGCUGAGAGGAUGGUUCCCUCUCCUCUUCUCUCUUUCCUGCGUAGUUAGCCGGUGCAAACUGGAUGUACGCACUCGAGGCCUCACUGUCCUAUUUGAGAUUAUCAAAACCCACGGUGAAUCAUUCCGUCCGCAUUGGUGGAGAGAUCUUUUCAAUAUUCUAUUCAGAAUUUUUGACAAUAUGAAAUUACCCGAGCAUCAGUUGGAGAAGAACGAAUGGAUGACUACAACAUGCAAUCACGCGUUGUACGCCAUCGUCGACGUCUUCACGCAGUAUUUUGACAUUCUAGGCUCUCUACUGCUGGAGCAAUUAUACGCACAGUUGCACUGGUGCGUGCAGCAGGACAACGAGCAGCUUGCCAGGUCGGGCACCAACUGUCUGGAGAAUCUAGUCAUAUCGAACGGAACCAAGUUCAACGAGGACACGUGGAGCAACACGUGUCAGAUUAUGUUGGAUAUAUUCAACAGCACGCUGCCUACUACGCUGCUCACUUGGAAACCUGACGAGAACGAAGAUGGGGAAGCGCCUCACGUCCGUCACGGCAUACUGAAGAAGCCUCAAGGAAGUGAUGAAGUCAAAUCCUCCAAUAGGGUUUUCAAUAGCCUGCUCAUAAAAUGUGUAGUGCAACUCGAAUUGAUCCAGACGAUCGACAAUAUAGUCUUCUAUCCAGCGACAUCGAGAAAGGAAGACGCCGAAACCUUAGCACUAGCCGCCGCGGAACUGAACGGGAGCGUUCCGGGCACUGAACAGGAAUGUCAACGUGAAGAGCAAGGCAUGUACAGGUUGUUGAGUUCACCGCACUUGCUGCGACUCGUGGAAUGCUUGAUGUGCAGUCAUCGAUUCGCCAAGACGUUCAACACCAACCACGCACAGAGGAAUGUGCUGUGGAAGGCAAACUUCAAAGGUUCUGUGAAACCCAAUAUGCUGAAACAAGAGACCCAGUCUCUGGCAUGUGUACUUCGGAUAUUGUUUAAGAUGUACAGCGACGAAGCACGACGUGACCACUGGCCCGCCGUGCAGAAGAGCCUCAUCAGCAUCUGUUGCGAGGCGCUCGAGUACUUCGCGGGGGUCACCAACGAAGCGCACAGGGAUGCCUGGACCUCCAUCCUGCUGUUGAUACUCACCAGAAUACUUAAGAUGCCCGACGAAAGAUUUGCGGCGCAUGUGUCCAGCUACUACCCUCUGCUGUGCGAGAUCACGUGCUUCGACCUGAAGCCCGAGCUGCGCUCCGUGCUGCGCCGCGUCUUCAUCCGCAUAGGACCCGUCUUUAAGAUAGUCACCACGCAAUAAUAAUACAUUAUUUUACACAACAAAUGGCCUUAUAGUUCUGUAGGUUAAAUUAUGACUUGAUGUUAAUGUUAAAAAAAAAAUACAUUUUGUUAAUUCCUUAAAAUUUAAUGUAUUGACAGCAAUCAGUACUUCAGUAGUAUUAAAAGUGAUCUAUUGUAGGAAGUAUUAGUCUUAUAUCUUAUUUAUGUAAAUUAUUAAUUUGAUUAUCAACAGUUGAAAAAAAAAAUUGUAUAUUAUAAAACAAUACGAGUUGUAUCUAUAAAUGAUAAUAGUUUAUUCUGUAUAUUUGAAAGUUUCUACUGUAUGGGAGCUGAAUUCACUCACGGCUGUAUUGCUUGAAGUUUUACUUUGUAGCUAGACUGAUCAGACUGUGAUUGCAAUUUAUUUCACGGCUUUUCCAAUUAUUUUCUAAACAUUUUGAGUGACUUCAGUACUCGCACGCAACUGAAUUAUUAUUCCUUGAAAUAAAAUUAUAAAUUUAA